UUAUUUAGAUUGUACGCAUGGAUCUAGCCUUGGAUCCAGCAAACCAUUUUCUCCCGCUCCUCACCCCCACCCUCGUCGUCGUUCCUACGCUCUCUCCCUCCGUCUUCUUCCUCUUCUUCUUCCCGAGAAAGUCUGCCAUCAUUCAACGAUGCAGAAGCUGAUAAAGCUCGGCCAAGAAGCUCAUCUUCUCUCGCAGCUUCUGCUAUCUCCCUAGCUUCGCCCCCCCUUCUCAUCAAAACCACGACCACCGCCGCCCCCACUUGGCUGCUUCCUCGGGAGCCAAGAAACCAUGGCGGUGUCUUCCGUUCGGCUCGGGAAGAUGGGCACGCCGUGCUCGGACGCUCCGGCGUGGAGGGUUCCGCUUCCUUCGCGGGUCGGUGCCGCGGGCCGGCGCCGGAGCUCGGUCCGGUGCUCUCCCUGUCGCUGGGGGGACGCGCGUUUGGUCGCGGCCGCGCGGUCGAGGACGCGAGCCGUGGUCGCCGAGAGCGAAGGCGGCCGGGUUGCCGGCGAUUCUGCGGGCGCUCCCGAGGACAAACAGGUUGCAGACCUGCCUAUUAAGCUUCCAGAGCGUGACUUUGCUGGCACACCAUAUGUUCCUGUCUAUGUGAUGCUGCCGCUGAGUGUUGUGAACUUGGAAUGCGAAUUAGUUGAUCCCGAAGGUCUGCUAGAGCAGUUAAAGAUAUUGAAGUCAGUUAAUGUUGAUGGUGUCAUGAUUGACUGUUGGUGGGGAAUAGUCGAGGCAGAUGCACCACAAGCAUAUAAUUGGAGCGGCUACAAGAAGCUAUUUCAGAUGGUGCGUGACCUCAAGCUUAAGUUACAGGUCGUCAUGUCGUUCCACGAAUGUGGAGGCAAUGUUGGUGAUGAUGUACAUAUUCCACUGCCAUCCUGGGUGAUGGAAAUCGGUCAAAAGAACCCCAAUAUCUAUUUUACCGACAGAGAAGGGAGACACAAUACGGAAUGCCUCACAUGGGGAAUUGAUAAGGAAAGAGUUUUGAGAGGCCGUACUGCUGUUGAGGUUUAUUUUGACUAUAUGAGAAGCUUUCGCGUGGAAUUCAAUGAGUUCUUUGAGGAUGGAAUCAUCUCAGAGAUUGAAAUUGGCCUAGGCCCAUGUGGGGAGCUACGGUAUCCUUCUUAUCCUGCCAAACAUGGUUGGGAAUAUCCUGGCAUUGGUGAAUUUCAGUGUUAUGAUCAGUACUUGAUGAAGAGUUUGAAAAAGGCAGCAGAAGUGAGGGGGCACUCCUUUUGGGGUAGAGCACCAGAUAAUGCGGGUUGCUAUAAUUCUCGGCCACAUGAGACUGGCUUUUUUCGCGACGGAGGUGAAUAUGACAGUUACUACGGGAGAUUCUUUCUCAAUUGGUAUUCUCAGGUUUUAAUAGAUCAUGGAGAUCGUGUGCUUGCUUUAGCCAAUUUGGCUUUCGAAGGAUGUUGCAUAGCUGCGAAGUUAUCCGGAAUUCAUUGGUGGUACAAGACAGCCAGCCAUGCUGCUGAAUUGACUGCUGGGUUCUACAACCCAUGCAAUCGCGAUGGUUAUGCUACAAUUGCAUCAAUGUUAAAGAAGCACGAGACAGCAAUGAACUUUACAUGUGUUGAAUUACGCACAUUGGAUCAAUAUGAGGACUUCCCAGAGGCAAUGGCCGAUCCCGAGGGAUUAGUUUGGCAGGUGUUGAAUGCUGCAUGGGAUGUGCAAAUACCCGUCGCGAGUGAGAAUGCCUUACCUUGCUAUGAUGGAGAAGGCUUCAACAAAAUACUAGAGAACGCGAAGCCUCGCGAUGAUCCCGACGGAAGACAUUUAUCUGCUUUUACAUAUCUCAGGCUCAGCCCAACUCUGACUGAGGGAAAUAACCUGAUGGAGUUUGAGCGCUUUGUUAAGAGAAUGCAUGGCGAGACCGUUCUUGAUAAACUUACAAGAGAUAAUAUAUGAUAUGAGCAAAUUGUCAGCAUUCUUUUCCACAA